AUGAUACCAACGCGCCUUCUCGUUGCUCUAGCCAGUCUCCUCCCACUGGCUGUAGCUGAAUGCUCCAAGCCAUGCAUGAGCCGAUGUGCCAGGGCUUUGCUUGACCCUGUUGGCAGUAGCUUGCAGAAAGAGUCCUGUCUCGCAUUCCUACAACAGGGUAAAGACGCCACAGUUCCUGUUGAAUUGAAUGAGGUGUGCCGUUCCAAAAAGGCCUAUUCUCGCGCCUGCUCGUGCAUUGGAGUGUCGCCGACCGUGUCGCCAUCCUCAUCCGCCACGGCACAUACACCAUCGAUGACCCAGUCCAGUACCCCAGAUUCCUCGGCUCCGCCAAGUUCUUCCAACACACCGAUCUCUUCGACUGCUCUAGCCACCUCGGGUACUCCUGUUUCUGCAGCUACAUCAGUAUCCACAGCUACUCCAGAGUCCUCAGUUACUCCAGAAACCUCAGCUACUCCAGAAUCCUCAAUUACUCCAGAGUCUUCGACUGCAGCAAUCUCUUCAACCACCCCGGCCUCCACCACUAUUCCAGAGCCUACCCCGCCAGCCUCGUCUACUACCCCAAUCUCUUCAACUACCCCAGACUCCUCUACUGUUCCCAUUUCUUCAACCUCGUCGAGCGCAGCCCCCGCCCAGACCGAAUUCUUCGAUAUAACCGUUUAUGUUCAGGGUGAUCCUACACCGCAUAACACCGGGUUCCGGGCGAUAACCAACGGUUUUGCGCUUAGCUGGAACUAUGUUCCUACGGUGCCUGGGAAAAUGGGUAUUGAUCCAGAGACCGGGCGUCUUUACGCUUUGCUCGACGGCAGGACCGACAAGCUAUGGGGCUCUACCAGUCUACCUUUGAAGGGAUCUCUUCUUCUUAGCUUCUGGACCCCUGCCCAGAUUGCAGCGUACGAGGGUUCGAUCGUUUAUGUGAAAUGCGCCCGUGAUGCAGAUGGCUACGUGACCUGCGGCUACGAGGACCAGGACCUGGCCAGGCUUAAGCCUAGUCAGAAUCAGAAUGUCGUGCUGGGGAAGCACGCCAACGCAGCAUCUACCGCGAUCAGCAUGCUCGAAUACCCAGUCCCUGCUGGCUACCCUACAGUCACGCUAUUGCUCAAAUAA